UCGAAAUAAUGGGCGGCUAAUUUCGGACUGUUACCAUGGUCAUGGCCGUACGUUAUUUACGUUAGUUAUUGACUCAGCAUGGCCAUUAUCUUGAUAAUGUUGCGCAAUAUACUAUAACACGUCUGUUCGUGUUUGUGAGUGUUGUUAAAUUUAAAUAUACUGAGAUAACACGUGUAAUAUAAAAGGCUAGUGUGUAAAGGCGCGAGAAGCAUUUCUGUAUUAUCACCUUGUUGCAUCGUAGCUCUUCCCUAUAAGACAUGGACCGACGAGAUAUACUAAUGCCGGCUGAAUCCGGAGAGUACAUCGCCAGACACGCUGAACAUGUGAAAAUUCACGAGGAGGGGCUUGAGAAACUUUGUGAAGUAAUGCUGUCAUCAAUGACAGACAAACUUCAGGUCCCAGAUUCAGGCACAUAUAUCAACCGUCCCUCCAAUGACGAUCCAAGAGCUGUCGACUGGGUGUUUUUUGCUGAUGCUCUCAAUUUUUGCUUCUGGACCAAGCAGGGAGACCCCAAAUACAUUGUAGAUGGAGAGACUGGUUAUUAUGCUUUAGAAGCUGCUAUGGCAAGGGCUUUGAAGGAAGGCUACGACCUUCUAAACCCGGAAUACUACUCGAAAAUAACAAAAGAAGAUCUGGCUCAUAUCUUAAGAAGUGAUAGUGAAGUACCAAUUCCACUAUUCGAACAGAGAUUGACUAUUUUACAUGAUGUUGGAAAAACAUUGAUUGAAAAAUACAAUGGAACGUUUAUGACUUGCGUGAAGCUUGCGAAUAAAUCUGCACUUAAACUACUUAAGAUCAUAGUGGAGGAUUUCCCGUGCUUUAGAGACGAAGUUGUAUACAAAGGGAAGUUUGUAUCCUUGUAUAAAAGAGCACAGAUUCUUAUUGGUGAUCUUUGGUAUUUCUUCGAUGGCAAAAGUUGGGGAGAGUUUGAAGAUAUUGAUAAGAUUACCUUGUAUGCUGAUUAUAGAAUCCCUCAAGUGUUGGUUUACUUCGGAGCUAUGAGCUAUAGCGACGGUUUGAUGAAGAAAUUGCAAAACGAUGAGCACCUGCCAAGUGGUUCAGAUGAAGAGAUCGAGAUCCGCGGCUGUUCCAUCCACGCAGUCGAGCUGCUGCAAAAGAAAUUGAAACAGAAAAUCGUCGAGCAAAAGUUAAAAGCGGAAGUUCCCAACGCAAGUCUCAUAGAUUACUUUUUGUGGUGCUAUAGGAGGAAAUAUGCCGACGAAUUGGCAAAGGUCCCCUUCCAUAAGACCGUGGGCAUAUUUUAUUGAACUAUAAAAACCCUAUAACGUACAAAAUUGCAUUUGACAAGCUUAUGCAGAACAUUAUAAUGUCUUUUUCGAAGAUGAGUAAAAUGACAGUUUAUUGCGCAAAAGUGUUGCCCGUUUGCAAGCAGCUAGUCAUUGCAGUCGAUAAAUAUUCUAUCGAAUAUCGAUUACAUGUUAUGUAAUCGAUUAUAUGUAUGUAAAUAGCCGAACUUGUUUCAUUUGAAUUUUUGUAUAUUCAUACAUGCACUGCGUUUAAAACUAUGUCUAUUUAAAAUAUUAGUGGAGACAUAUUUUAAAGUUUUUCAUUUUAAUUCAAUGUAGGUGAAUUUAAUUCUUGUUAAAGUGUGUAUGAAUUACAAAUCGAUUUAGAUUUUGUAGACCGACUGCCAAAAUUAGAAUAAAGAACAGAUAUUUAAAAAAAAUUACGUUCUUUCACAAUCUAUUGAUUAAACUGUCGACAACAACUACAUGGUUAAAUAAAAAUUUUAUGAAAACUGGCUUCCUUGGAAAUAUCAUUUUACUCCGUCUUCAAUAUAAUAAAUAUGUAAUAAUUAUUACACGCAUUCAAACUUACACUUCCUUGCGUAUUUUAAAAAUAAAUUUAGUUUACACAAUUUAUAACUUGUACUUUUUACGAAUUAUUAUAGUAUAAUCUAUUUGUUCCUUGGUAUAUAAUUCUACAUAAAUGACAUACAAAGUUAAUUGUCAUUGACAUUUAUAUAUAAAAAUAUUAUCCAAAUGUUAUUAAAAUAUUGUUGUCUGUUGCUGUUAGGCAUUGUGAUAAUUAUGAAGGUGAUAUUGACUACUAUACGACUUAAACUUUAUAGCUAAGUUUAGAUUAGAGAAGACUUUACCGUAGUUUUUAUAACAUAUGCUAUAGCUCAAAAUACUGUAUAACACAGGGUGUAGUACAGGUUUCAAUACGUAAGUUAACCCCUUCAUGGACAGUAUUUAAGUAGUACAACCACAUACCAAAAUGUCACUACUUUUUUUCGUGCCGUACUGGUUAUAUUUUAUUUAUUUUUAUAUAUGUAUAUACGUUUACCAUGGCGCAGGUGAAAGGUGUUGGUGGUCACAACUACUCCAUGGUAGUUUGGUGAAGGAUGAUAAACGAGUCGUGGGUUGGUAAAUGAGUGUAUAUGAACUGUUAAUAACUGAAUAUAUUUUGCUUGAGCUACUUAUUUAUACAAAUUUGGUACGUGUGUCUUAUGCUGAUUCACAAGGCGUGGUUGUUACUUUUGCUUGCACUAAGACGUGCCUGAAUGUCGGAAGAGGGUUAGACAUUCUGGCACGUCUGUGGCUGCUACAAUACGUAAUAAAAUAAUGAAAGACUAAGUAUUUAUUUAUACGUGGGCGUCCCAUAGCCGACCUCGGAAUCUACGUCAAUACAACUAAUGUAUGUACAAUGCGGCUAUCAGUUUGGCACUUUAAAACAGCACAAUAAGGUAUUUUUCUACGAUUUUAAAAAUGUGCGUGAAAGAUUUGACACAAGUAUAACGUACAAAGCGAAAAUGGCGGACCGAGCUCAAGUAGGCGGAACUACGCCUACAGUUGGCACGCGUGUUGCGCUAACCACUUCUACUGUAUUAUAGGUCUAUUGGUACACCAGAUGUCGACAUGAGUACCAAAUAGCUAUUUUUGUAAGUAAUUUGUUUUACAUUGACAAGCUACAAUAUAUCAUAGCCACUCUAAUUUGUAGUGAAAACAAACAAAUCAACUAGAUGGCGCUUAUCUUUUAUUUUGUUUAGGAUUAGCAUCGUCUAUCUAUAUUAGGAAGCGUUAAUUUAUGAAUUAGUUUGUAACACGCAGUUUGUAACUAAGUUCAGAAAAUAAUUUAGUUCAUGAUCAAUAUUUGAAUAAUACUACAGGAUAAAAAAACGACUUUUUAUAUUUCGAUAAAGCACUUUGAAAUCGUACUGUAAAGCCCGUAGUUGUUAUUUUGAGAUCCAUAUCAUAACGUAUUCUAAUAUUUAAUUUUUCGGUAAACAUUGUUAUUGUCCAUGAAAGGGUUAAGUUAGCUCCUAUGUGUAACUAUGUUAAAAUCAAUGCCAUUGUAUAUUUAUUACCUCAAAAGAAAUAAUUCCUUAAGUGCAAACUGUUAGUAAAUAAAGUUUAAAUAAAACUAAAGUACGUAUUGUAUAAAUAUAAUUUUAAUUAUAUAUUACACCUUACAAAAAUUACGCCAGGAUAUCACAUACCAGGUUAGUGUUGGGUUCCAAACACCUUAUAGAGUUACAAUACAUCUUAUAAAAAUCCUAUGGUCUACGUAGAAGAUUGAAUGAAUAACUAUUCGUCGCUCACAGGACUUUAUAUAUAGUUAAAAAA